CAGAAACCCAACAGCCCGAUAUUCGGAUAUCCCCGCCAAUUCCCCAAUUUGACCAUGGAUGCCAUCCGCAGCCAAUCAGUGGGGGGUAAGAAAUCCAAAAUGCCGGUCCAGAAGGCAGCAUCGGCGGUGUCUCUAGACCGCCGGCCGGCAAAGUUAUACUUUGCUUAUGGGAGCAACUUGCACGUCAAGCAAAUGAACCGUCGAUGUCCAAACAGCAAGUUCAUCGGAAAGGCCCGUUUAUCCAACUAUCGAUGGCAGAUCAACGAACGCGGAUAUGCCAAUGUCGUCGUCGCAGACGGACACUGGGUAGAUGGUCUCGUAUAUGAGAUUGACGAUGUCGACGAAGCCAAGCUGGACAUAAAUGAAGGCGUCGCGAAGAAUGCAUACAAUAAGCGAUACAUGACCGUUCUACUCCAUCGAGCACAGAGUGCCCUGUACCGCCGCCCCGUCUCGUGGAUAGUGGAAAAAGGCGGGCCCGCGGCCGUGGCCAGAGAAGCCAGGCUUAUAGCUCAGGGGCGGCGAGAAAACUCUCUACUGCACUGGCAGGAUGAUGUUCUCAUAUACAUCAAUCCAAACUGCACUCUCGACAGCAGCCCCAAGGAAGAAUAUGUCAAUCGAAUCAACCUGGGCGUUGCGGAUGCUAGGGCCCUAGGCGUUGACGAGGAUUAUAUUCGGAACUGUAUCCGCCCCUUUAUCCCGGAAUCCAGAGGCAGAGCCCCUUCAAGUCCAGCACUAGGAGCCCCCAAGCUCAAGGUGCUAACGGUUGUCCGGGGCAGGCAUGAAAAUUCUCCUGCGCGGUCUGACGGCCGCUCCCCGGCGCGCAAAGAACGAUCGGUGAGCCGAUCGAAGCAGCAUUUUGAGCGACGAUCUCGAUCCUUGCAGCCUCCUAACAAAGGGAAUGACCAUAAGAAAGACUCGACAGCGAAAUCGAAUGUGCCACCCCUGCCCCCGCGGCCACAGUCAAACCAACCCCGUGAUGUUCCUAUCGUUUCAGUACAGGAAGUACACCUUUCGAGCUGGGGCUGGUGGCCAGCAUUUUCAUGAGAAGAGAAGAGACGAAAUUGUCGGUAUAGUUUCCUUGAAAAUGAUCGAAUUUCGUAAUUCAUUGCGAUGAACAUCAUCAAGAUGUCAGGCUUUGCUUUUGUUCAACAAAGGAAAAAAUAAAUCAAUAGCUCCAGUCGCCUUCGAGCCGUGUUCUAGAGGACCCUUGGGCCAUGAAUCAGAGCUUUGAGCGAUGCCGCCUCAAGAUCAGGGUCUUACUUUUGGGUGAUACAUUUCGCGAUGGACCAAGAGAUCGCCCCUUUGAUCCGUUUGCAAAAUCCCACAACAGUCUUGUCAACGUCAUAGUCUUUUGUGGAAUAUCGCCAUCCUUAUCUCCUCCAUACACCAAAACUGUUGGCUUGCAAAUAGCUUUUGCUGUCGACUUCUUUGCUCCGGAGACUGUCUCGACAAAGAGACCUGGAGCAAUAUCGAAUAGAUACGAUGCGUUUUUAAGAGCCUCGGUUGAUUUGCCAUUUUCGCCCGAGUUCAUAAUGGCUCCUCUAUCGGCGAGGUUGAUACAUUCAUAAGUAUCCAGUUUUGAUCUCGCGCUUCGUGCUGGCCACCUUAGAGAGAAUAUAUUUGGAGAAAGCUGCAAUCGAUGUGUAAGGUCCACUGCCGGAUCAAUGAUGCUUGUCCGAAGAGAGUUUUGCAGUUCUGCAGCAGUUACAUAUGGCACUGCAACUGUUAAGAGAGAGGCAAGAUCUUCGGUAAUGAGGUUGAGAUAUGCUGCUUUUCUGGAUUUGAAAGAUUUCUGGCUGGUCAAAGCCGUAAGUGUCUCAGAUCUCCACUCUCUACAAUGCUGUAUAUCUUUGGAAAUGUUAGUUUUUGUUGGAAAUGUAUAAUAUCGCCAUG